AUGAAGCCAUUAGAGGCUACAAAUCGAUACUUUAGGCAGGCAGUAAAGAUACUUGGGAUAGAUUCAAAGUUGGAGAGGAGCCUCCUGAUCCCUUUCCGAGAAAUCAAGGUUGAGUGUACCAUUCCAAAGGACGAUGGCACUCUGCAGUCUUUCGUGGGUUUUAGAGUCCAACAUGACAACUCGAGGGGUCCCAUGAAGGGUGGCAUUCGAUAUCAUCCAGAGGCUGAUCCAGACGAAGUGAACGCACUAGCGCAGUUGAUGACUUGGAAAACAGCCGUAGCUAAUCUUCCAUACGGAGGCGCCAAGGGAGGGAUAGGCUGUAAUCCCCGGGACUUGAGCAUCCACGAGCUAGAGCGGCUCACUCGAAUUUUCAUACAGAAGAUCCACAAUGUUAUUGGUAUUCAUACGGAUGUUCCAGCACCCGACAUGGGAACGAAUGCUCAGACCAUGGCUUGGAUUCUUGACGAAUACUCUAAGUUCCACGGGUAUUCGCCAGCAAUAGUAACUGGAAAGCCACUUGACCUCGGUGGCUCUGUAGGACGUGAGGCUGCCACUGGAAGAGGAGUCGUAUACGUGACUGAAGCAUUGCUUGCCGACCAUGGCAAAUCUAUCUCGAACCAAACUUUCGUGAUCCAGGGAUUUGGCAACGUUGGGCAGCACACCGCCCAGCUCCUUUUCGAGGCCAAAGGGAGAGUGAAGGCCGUUAGCGAUAUCACUGGAGCGGUUAAAAAUGACUCUGGCUUGGAUAUCCCAGCGCUGAUGAAGCACGCUCAAGAAAAUGGUGGCGUGAAAGGCUUCAAGCUGGGAGAUCCAAUCGACCCAAGCUCAAUACUAAUGGAAGAUUGCGAUGUGCUCAUCCCGGCUGCCUUGGGUGGCGUUCUUAAUGGGGAGAAUGCAAAUAAUGUAAAGGCACGAUUCAUCAUAGAAGCAGGAAACCAUCCCAUUGAGCCCCAGGCGGACGAGAUUUUUGCGAAGAAAGGCAUCAUUGUGUUGCCAGACAUCUUGGCAAACUCAGGAGGUGUCACAGUGAGCUACUUCGAAUGGGUACAGAACAAGCAAGGCUUCAUGUGGGACGAAGAAAAAGUCAACAUGGAGUUGCAGAGAUACAUCACCAAUGCAUACAACAGCGUGAAAGAGUCAUGCAAGACUCAUAAUUGUAGCCUUCGAAUGGGGGCUUUCACGCUCGGAGUCGAAAGAGUCGCUCGAGCCACGGUUCUUCGUGGAUGGGAAGCCUAAAUCACUCAGAUUUUUUGUUUUCUGGUUAAGACCAUGCGAAGAUUCAUGGAUUCAUCAUUCCAAAGCUUUGUUGACUUUA